GCCAGAGGAUUCCGGAGACUUUCCCACAUGUGAAAAAAACAUGAGGACACUAUUUAGAUGUUUUUCUCUUUAGCUAGUUCUUUGUGACCUGUUCUUUGUUCUUCGGUCAGCACCAACAAAUAACAAUCUUUAGCAUUUUCUUUGAUUGACUUAACAUAUUUUCUUAACCUGAAUUCAACAUUUGUCGCGCUAGCAAACUUUUCAGCUCUCAUGGUAGGCAGCUAAAUUAAGUUAGCCACCUUGGUAACGUCUAACGUUAGCUAGCUAUCAUGGAAAACACGGACGAAAAUUCGGUACAAUUCCACGGGGAUGAAGAGAUUAUAGAAGUCAUCGACCUUAACGAAACAGAGCAAAAUCCAGAUGAUUUGGCGGAUGAGUUCGAGGACGUGGACGUCGGAGAGACUGACGACGGAGACAAUGAACAGGAAGACUGGGAUACCGACGACGAGAUGGAGCAGGAAAAGGAGCAAGAUGACAGCGAACUCACCUUUUCCAAACACACGGGCUCCGUGUUCUGUGUGAGUCUGGACCCAGCCACAAACAGCUUGGCAGUGACCGGAGGAGAGGAUGACAAGGCCUAUGUCUGGAGAGUGAGUGAUGGGGAAGUGCUGUUUGAAUGUACAGGCCAUAAGGACUCCGUGACAAGUGUUUUAUUCAGCCAUGAUUCUUCCCUGGUGGCCACGGGGGACAUGAGUGGGCUGAUCAAGGUCUGGAAGGUGGAGACCAAGCAGGAGGUGUGGUCCUUUGAGGUUGGAGACCUGGAGUGGAUGGAGUGGCACCCCUGCGCCCCGGUGCUGCUGGCGGGCAUGGCGGACGGUAACGUUUGGAUGUGGAAGAUCCCAGGGGGUGACUGUAAGACCCUGCAGGGCCCUGGCUGCCAGUCGACCAGUGGAAAGGUCCUGCCAGACGGGAAGAGAGCUGUGGUGGGCUAUGAAGAUGGCAACGUACGACUUUGGGACCUCAAGCAGGGAAAUGCCACCCAUGUCAUUAAAGGUCAUGAUGGACACCAGGGGGCGCUGACGUGCAUGGCCUGUAACAAGGACGGCUCUCUGGUGCUGACAGGCUCUGUGGAUGGCCGUGCCAAGCUCAUCAACACUGCCACUGGCAAGGUGUUGGGUGUGUUCUCUGUGGACGGGGGCAAAGCCAAAGCCUCUCAGGAGGAUGCUGAGGAGACCAACUCUGUGGAGUCAGUGGGGUUCUGCAAUGUGUUGCCUCUGAUAGCGGUGGCGUAUCUGCAUGGGACCCUGGCUAUCUAUGACCUCUCCUCACAGGUCCUCAGACACAAGUGUCAGCACCAGGCUGGCAUUGUUAAACUGCAGUGGGAGGAGUCAUCCUCUGUGGUGUCCACCUGUAGUCUGGACGGGGCGGUGAGGCUGUGGGAUGCCCGCUCGGGAACCAUGGUGUCAGAGUACCGUGGCCACCAGGCGGAGAUCCUCGACUUCACACUCAACAGAGAAGCCUCUAUGGCGGUCACUGCCUCUGGAGACCACCAGGCCAAAGUCUUCUGCCUCCAACGACCAGACCGUUAAUAAGAGGAGCAGAGGGAGAAAGAGCGAGAGAAAUGGGGAUGGACUCAACCCCGAUCGCGCUUUGUCGACAAUGUACCUUAAAGGCAAUAUUCCCGUUUUUGUGGAGACCGUUUUAACAGUGGACACUGCAUAUAUUGGCUCAAUCCGAAGUUGUCGCUUAACCUCUGGGAAAUGUGGGACGGUAGCCAACAGCCAGUGAAAUCCCACAAAAAUCUCAUAAUUAAAAUUCCUCAAGCAUACAUGUAUUUUACACUAUUUUAAAUAUAAAAUUCUUGUUAAUCCAGCCACAGUGUCUGAUUUCAAAAAGUAUUUUACAGCGAAAGCACCACAAACGAUUAUGUUAGGUCACCACCAAGUCACAGAAAAACACAGCCAUUUUUCCAGCUAAAGAGAGGAGUCACAAAAAGCAAAAUUGAGAUAAAAUGAAUCACUAACCUUGAUGGUCUUCAUCAGAUGACACUCAUAGGACUUCAUGUUACACAAUAAAUGUAUGUUUUGUUUGGUCAAGUUCAUAUAUCAAAAAAAUCUCAUUUUACUUUGGCGCGUUACGUUCAGUAGUUCUUAAACAUGCGGUGAUUGUGCAGAGAGCCACAUCAAUUUACAGAAAUACUCAUCAUAAAUGUUGAUGAAAAUACAAGUGUUAUACAUGGAAUUAGAGAUACUUCUCCUUAAUGCAACCGCUGUGUCAGAUUUCAAAAAAACUUUACGGAAAAAGCAAACCAUGCAAUAAUCUGAGUACAGCGUUCAGACAACAAAGCAGCCUACAUAUUGUGUAGUCAACAUUAGUCAGAAAUAGCAUUAUAAAUUUGUACUUACAUUUGAUGAUCUUCAUCAGAAUGCACUCCCAGGAAUCCCAGUUCCACAAUAAAUGUUUGAUUUGUUCGAUAAAGUUCAUAAUUUAUGUCCAAAUAGCUUUUUUUGUUAGGGAGUUUGGUAAACAAAUCCAAACGCGGGUGCAAGUCCAGCCGAACGUCAAACGAAAAGUUCAAAAAGUUAUAUUACAGGUCGUAGAAUCAUGUCAAACUAAGUAUAGAAUCAAUCUUUAGGACGUUUUUAUCAUAAAUCUUCAAUAAUUUUCCAAAUUGGAGAAUUCCUAUGUCUGUAGAAAAGCAAUGGAACGAGAGCUAACUCUUGUGACCGUGCGUCAUGAGCUCAUGGCACUCUGCCAGACACCUGGCUCAAUCCCCUCUCAUUCAGCCCCCCUUCACAGUAGAAGCCUGAAACAAAGUUCUAAAGACUGUGACAUCUAGUGGAAGCCUUAGGAAGUGCAACAUAACCAAUAUCCCACUGCAUAUUGGAAUGGCAAAGAGUUAAACUACAAACCUCAGAUUUCCCAUUUCCUGGUUGGAUUUUUCUCCGGUUUUCGCCUGCCAUAUGAGUUCUGUUAUACUCAGACAUCAUUCAAACAGUUUUAGGAACUUCAGAGUGUUUUCUAUCCAAUACUACUAAUAAUACGCAUAUAUUAGCAUCUGGGACAGAGUAGCAGGCAGUUUACUCUGGGCACCUUAUUCAUCCAAGCUACUCAAUACUGCCCCCCUGUCACCAAGAAGUUAAAUGGCGCAUUGUCAACAAAGCGCGAUCGGAUUGAAUCCCGGCCCUUCAUUGUGUUUUCUCACAACUGAGGGUUUUUGAACUGUCUUGUAUCGAUUGUGGUAUGUCUGAUCUAUAGUAGACCUGCAGUGUUCUAGAAGGUUCUAGAACUGCCAGCCAUUCUACUCAGGUUUCUCACGUAGAACCCACACAAAAUAUAUACAUUCUAAGUGGUGUGGUAGUGUAGAUGUUGGAACACGUCAACCUAGAGGCAAUGAAGCAUCUAACAGUAGACCAAUGGGAUACGUCAUGUGGUCCUUGAUUUAUUACUAAAUACACUUUCAACUACACCUUGGUGUUCCCUAUGCGAUUUGGUUUGAUGACAUUAUGAAUACACAUUAAGGUAAUAGAGCUACGUAGAGAUGGAGAUCUCGAUGAUGUCCCCAUAGGAUCUGGUGAUUUGUGGAGUGUAAUCCUCACUUUCUCCCUAAAUCACCCCAAAUUAUGUCAACUCAACCUUAUGUACAGUGGGGCAAAAAAGGUAUUUAGUCAGCCACCAAUUGUACAAGUUCUCCCACUUAAAAAUAUGAGAGGCCUGUAAUUUUCAUCAUAGGUACACUUCAACUAUGACAGACAAAAUGAGAGAAAAAAAUCCAGAAAAUCACAUUGUAGGAUUUUUAAUGAAUUUAUUUGCAAAUUAUGGUGGAAAAUAAGUAUUUGGUCAAUAACAAAAGUUUAUCUCAAUACCUUUGUUGGCAAUGACAGAGGUCAAACGUUUUCUGUAAGUCUUUUCACACACUGUUGCUGGUAUUUUGGCCCAUUCCUCCAUGCAGAUCUCCUCUAGAGCAGUGAUGUUUUGGGGCUGUUGCUGGGCAACACGGACUUUCAACUCCCUCCAAAGAUUUUCUAUGGGGUUGAAAUCUGGAGACUGGGUAGGUCACUCCAGGACCUUGAAAUGCUUCUUACGAAGCCACUCUGUCGUUGCCCUGGUGGUGUGUUUGGGAUCAUUGUCAUGCUGAAAGACCCAGCCAGGUUUUCACUCAAAAUCUCACAAUACAUGGCCCCAUACAUUCUUUCCUUUACACGGAUCAGUCGUCCUGAUCCCUUUGCAGAAAAACAUGUUUCCAUGUUUCCACCCCCAUGCUUCACAGUAGGUAUGGUGUUCUUGGGAUGCAACUCAGCAUUCUUUGUCCUCCAAACACGACGAGUUGAGUUUUUACCAAAAAGUUAUAUUUUCGUUUCAUCUGACCAUAUGACAUUCUCCCAAUAUUCUUCUGGAUCAUCCAAAUGCUCUCUAGCAAACUUCAGACGGGCCUGGACAUGUACUGGCUUAAGCAGGGGGACUCGUCUGGCACUGCAGGAUUUGAGUCCCUGGCGGCGUAGUGUGUUACUGAUGGUAGGCUUUGUUACUUUGGUCCCAGCUUUCUGCAGGUCAUUCACUAGGUCCCCCCCGUGUGGUUCUGGGAUUUUUGCUCACCGUUCUUGUGAUCAUUUUGACCCCACGGGGUGAGAUCUUGCGUGGAGCCCCAGACCGAGGGAGAUUAUCAGUGGUCUUGUAUGUCUUCCAUUUCCUAAUAAUUGCUCCCACAAUUGAUUUCUUCAAACCAAGCUGCUUACCUAUUGCAGAUUCAGUCUUCCCAGCCUGGUGCAGGUCUACAAUUUUGUUUCUGGUGUCCUUUGACAGCUCUUUGGUCUUGGCCAUAGUGGAGUUUGGAGUGUGACUGUUUGAAGUUGUGGACAGGUGUCUUUUAUACUGAUAACAAGUUCAAACAGGUGCCAUUAAUACAGGUAACGAGUGGAGGACAGAGGAGCCUCUUAAAGAAGAAGUUACAGGUCUGUGAGAGCCAAAAAUCUUGCUUGUUUGUAGGUGACCAAAUACUUAUUUUCCACCUACAAUGUGAUUUUCUGUUUUUUUUUCUUCUUCUAAUUUUGUCUGUCAUAGUUGAAGUGUACCCAUGAUGAAAAUUACAGGCCUCUCAUCUUUUUAAGUGGGAGAACUUGCACAAUUGGUGGCUGACUAAAUACUUUUCCCCCCCACUGUAAAUAUAUUGGGCGCUGUUGAAAUACUUUAGAAAUGCAUCCGUCCUUCCUUUUCUGAAGUAAUCACGAAUCUGGAUUGGUGGAAAUAAUGUGAUAACUUUGCUUUCCCCUACCCCAUCACUGACCUUAAGGAAACAUUGAAGGAAGGGUGCAUCUCUGAAGUAUUGGGACAGAGCCAUGGGCUUUGUUCUGCUGUUUGUUGGAACCAUUAAAGACGUUUUCAACCCAA